ACGCGAGGUUUCGGGGAAACCUAUCUGUUUUUUUUUUCCACGCCUGCCGUAAUGGCGCGCGGUCUGCUGGGACAUGUAGUUUGAACAGCCUAUGGACGCCCCCUCAAAUGAAUGGGGCCGUGUAUGACUGAGAACUACAGCUCCUGGUCUGGCCGCGUCGGUGGCCGCCGCGGAGGAAGAGUUGAUCAAGACGGCCCUCAGGGAGGGAACAGCUGGCUGUGGUGAUGUUGCGCGCGGAUUUUCUAGGGUAGUGAUCUGAAAGGGCGCUUUUUCUGCGCGCUGGCUCCCCGUGCCCUGCACCGGCCAUGCGCCCGGCCUUCGCGGUGGGCCUGGUGUUCGCAGGCUGCUGCAGUAAUGUGAUCUUCCUAGAGCUGCUGGCCCGGACACAUCCAGGAUGCGGGAAUAUCGUCACCUUUGCACAGUUCUUAUUUAUUGCUGUGGAAGGCUUCCUUUUUGAAGCUGACUUGGGAAGGAAGCCACCAGCUAUCCCAAUAAGGUACUAUGCCAUCAUGGUAACCAUGUUCUUCACUGUCAGCGUGGUGAACAACUAUGCCCUGAAUCUGAACAUCGCCAUGCCGCUGCACAUGAUAUUCAGAUCAGGCUCUCUGAUUGCCAACAUGAUUCUAGGAAUUAUCAUUUUGAAGAAAAGAUACAGCAUGUUCAAGUAUACCUCCAUUGCCCUGGUGUCUGCAGGGAUAUUUAUUUGCACUUUCAUGUCAGCAAAGCAGGUGACUGUCCAGUCUGGCUUGAGUGACAAGGAUGGAUUCCAGGCAUUUGCAUGGUGGUUACUAGGUAUUGGGGCACUGACCUUCGCUCUGCUGAUGUCGGCAAGAAUGGGUAUAUUCCAAGAGACUCUGUACAAACAGUUUGGGAAACACUCCAAGGAGGCAUUAUUUUACAAUCAUGCCCUUCCACUUCCCGGUUUCAUCUUCUUGGCCUCUGAUAUUUAUGACCACGUCGUUCUGUUCAAUAAGUCUGAACUCUAUCAAGUUCCAGUCAUCGGUGUGACUAUGCCCAUCAUGUGGUUCUACCUCCUCAUGAAUGUUGUGACUCAAUACGUGUGCAUCCGGGGUGUGUUCAUCCUUACCACAGAGUGUACGUCCCUCACUGUCACACUGGUUGUGACUCUGCGCAAGUUUGUGAGCCUCAUCUUUUCUAUCUUGUACUUCCAGAACCAGUUCACUAAGUGGCACUGGCUGGGCACCUUGUUUGUCUUCAUUGGGACCUUAAUGUACACAGAGGUGUGGAAAAACCUAGGGACCACAAAAAGUCAGCUGCAAAAGGAUGGCAAGAAGGACUGAGAUCUGCCUGGGACAGACAGACGGUGUAAUGUGAGAGUGGUCUCUGUUGCAGAUCUCACCGUCGUUUCACUUUGGCUGAUGCCAAAUUACCACAGUAUUGAAGCAGACAGGCUCCAGAGUUUCCUCCGAAAGGAUGGGACUCAUCUGCUUUCAUGGCGACCCAGACUGCACUUGGAGACUCCACACAGGCGUCCCUGAGAUAGAAUAAACAAAACAAACAAGGCUACCAGGCAGACUGUCUGGUAGCUUCUGCAUCUGCUUUUCUAUUCCUUUGCCAGAACAUCAGAACCAUAGUUGUUGAAUUUCAAGUCUCAGAGCUUCUAGUUUUCUACCUGUGUAACUUGCUACCGAUGAUUCUUUGCAGUGACGGCAUAUGUACCUCUUUCCUCCCAUCAGCCCUCCACACUUCAGCACUUUGCAGCACAGCCAGUGUUCCAGGCACAAUCAGGCACUGAAUGAUGCAGUGGACAUGUGAAAAAUUAGGCCCCAGGAGUGAUGAGGCUGGACUCCCUCCAGCGUGUUGGGAGAGAAGCAGUUGUCCCCAUGAGCAGAGUCCUUGAAAUACGUGAGCUGGAUGCUGGUGAUGCUGGAGCAGACGGGUGGAUCCCACCACCUACCUUUCACAUUAUUUGUUUAAUCAAUGCAGAGAUCACAUGCUUCCUUCACUGCUGCUUUCUGUAGUUAGAACAGUCCUGCAGUGUUCUUUGUACAUUAGAAAGGCAGGAAACUUGGAAGUGGAUUAAGAAGAGGGAGACUUUUCCUUCCAUCUCCCACGUGAAGCCCCUUGGCCUGUUUACGGAGAUGAAAAAGCGUGGCCCAAUACAGCCCACUCUUUCAGCACCUGAAAGACUGUUGCCCCUGUCAACCCGGACACACACUCACCUGGGUUUCAAAUGUGUGUCUGUGAGAGGCGUUAAGGCCUGGUAACCAGAAGAUACUUCUGAGAAUUGUCACUUGUCAAGUCAUUGAUGAUUGAUUGAUUGAUUGAUUGAUUGAUACACAGGUGUGAAUGUGGUCAAACCCCAGCUGCCACAGGGUGCAGUCUUGUUUUCCCAUAGAUAUGGGAUUGCUUUUGGUGGGUGUACAUGAAAGGUGGUAUGACACAGCAUGUUUACGUACAGAAACAGGCCUGACCCUUUUCUGCUGAUCACUCUGAAGGUCUCAUUUUCCUCUCUUGGAUCCUCUUGAGGAAGAGUAGCUCUGUCACAUGGUACUUGGCACUUGUGUGCCCUCAGCUGGAUUGUAUCUGAGAGCCAGACCCUCAUUACCCUCACCUACCCCUCUGCUCCUCUGCAAACAGCUAAACGCACUGUUUUCCUCACAUAGACGACAGCCUUCCAUUCUUUGGCUGUGUGCAGACUGUGCUCUUAGACCGAGGUGUGGCUCUCCGCGUCUCCUUGGCUCACUUGUAGUUCUUUUGUUGCUCCAUCUGAAGAAGCUCUUUGAUGAGUCUGAACAGCAACAGCAAAGAGAACUGUCCUAAUCCUCUGGGUCCCCGUGGAAGGCAGGGAAAAGUGCUUUGCUUUCUUGUUACAUUAAAUGCAGAUACUGUUUCUCUACCUAAGUCCCCAGGUUUACAGACUGAUUGUCAUUCUGGUCAUUGACAGCUUCCUAGUGCUGGUAAUGGUCUGUUCUCAAAGACGCUGAAUUAGAUGUGAACCCAUUCACAGUCCCCAAAGCUUCUUAGCUACUUUGAAAUAUGUUGGGUUGCCUGGACCAAUGUUGCUAUAAAUACCAAGUGUUAAAUGUCCCCUUAAAAAGACAGUAAUAAAAAGUACUUUUCCUUCCAA